AUGCUACAACGCGUCCCCAACGCACAAACCAUUUUCCUUCUACCACUGGCACUGCUCGUCGCCUUGACUGAUGUGGAGGCCUUCAGACGCAACUUUGAUGCGCGACAAUCAAGCAACACACACAUUCCACUCUGGAAGCAACGCGCCUGCGAGAAGCCACAAAAAUACAAGGCCAAUUCGCAUUACAUCUGCGAUGAGAAGGGCGAUGUGAAGUGCCUGCCCGGCUGGCAGGGCGACCUGUGCCAAGUCCCGAUGUGUCGACGCGGCUGUGAUCCCAUGAAUGGCUAUUGUCAACGGCCAGGCGAGUGUCGAUGCCGUAUCGGCUACACCGGUGACAUGUGCGAUAAGUGCAUUCCGCUGCCGGGCUGCCAGCACGGCACCUGCAACAAGCCAUUCGAAUGUCUGUGCAAGCCCGGUUGGGACGGCCUCUUCUGCACGGAACCAAGUUGUCGAGCCGGCUGCCACAGCACACGCGGCUACUGCGAGGCACCGGGCGAGUGCCGCUGCCGCAUAGGUUGGGCCGGACGCACCUGCGGCGAAUGCUCCACCAUGCCAGGCUGCCAGCACGGCACCUGCAGCAAGCCACUGGAGUGCAACUGCCUGCCCGGCUAUACAGGACUACUCUGUCAAACACCGCUUUGCGCCUCGGACUGCAGCAAGCAGCACGGCUACUGUCGCCGCCCAGGCGAGUGUCGCUGCAAAGUGGGAUGGACCGGCACCCAAUGUGACAAAUGCUUCCCCUAUCCAGGCUGUGUGAAUGGCGACUGUGAGGCGCCGUGGGAGUGCAACUGCCACGCCGGCUGGGGCGGCAUGUUAUGCGAUGAAAGGCUGAACUACUGCGCGGACAAUCCAGAUACCUGCGAGAACGAGGGCAAAUGCAUCUCACUGAGCCGGGAGGAUGGCAGCUAUCGCUGUCUCUGCAAGCAGGGCUACCUGGGCAAGAACUGUGAGAUACGCGAUGAGUUUUUGUUGACAUCUGUGGCGCCGCCUCGCAUUACACCGCCGCCCGAGGUGGACCGCGAACGUGAGCCAGCCAUCAGGCCAGAGUUGGCCGCAGGUGCACUUGAUGACAACAGCAGAGAAAUGGAGCAGGCAACAAAGUUGCCGGUCAACGAGGCAAAUCGGGCGCAACCACAAGCGACGCAACCGGGCGCCACAGUGGCAGAGGCAGCCAUGAAACCAUCGGCAGCCCCGGACAUUGUUCAUAGUGUCAACGAGGACGACGAAGAUGAUGAGGAUGACGACGAGGACGAAGAAGACGAAGAAGAGGAUGACGAAUACGAGGAGGAUGAAGAGGAUGAUAAUGAUCAGAUUAUACCAAAUAUUAUAUAA